AUGGGAGGCUCACUAUCGCGUAUCUGGUCCCUGCUUUGGUCCAAGAAGGAGAUCCGCAUUCUGAUUCUAGGGCUUAUUGGUGAGGUUGUUACUACGAUACCUACAAUCGGCUUCAACGUCGAAUCGGUCACAUAUAAGAAUCUUAAUCUUAAUGUCUGGGAUCUUGGUGGCCAAACUUCUAUUCGCCCAUACUGGCGAUGCUACUAUGCCAACACCGCCGCAGUGGUCUUUGUCAUCGACUCCACAGAUAUUGAGCGAUUAGGGACUGCAGCAGAUGAAUUGGCAGCCAUGUUGAAUGAGGAGGAACUCAAUGACGCGGCAUUGCUGGUGUUUGCCAACAAACAAGAUCAGCCCGGUGCCAAGGGUGCGGGCGAGAUCUCAGAGGCUUUGAAACUGGGAGAGCUUCGAGACCGAAACUGGAGUAUUGUUGCUUGCUCUGCUAUUGAUGGCAAGGGUAUAAAUGAGGGAAUGGAUUGGCUGGUGCAAACAAUCCAGUCCGAGAAUGCAUGA